AUGAAGGUCACAGGGCGAUCUGAGGAAGUCGAGGAUGCAUGGUAUGCCACCAGCACUAGCGCGCCGCUCAGGAGUCACAUAAGAGCGACUGGCUGGAGGUAUAUCGCGUCUCGACCUGACAGGCUGCUUCCGACCCAGCGGGCGGUAAACGAAUGCAAGACAGUAUCAAAUUUACUUGCCUCCGAAAAUGAUUUUAUGUACGAUAUAAAAACCCAUACUAACAAACAGGCGUCGAAUGAACAGUUAUUGAAGAGACUCAAACUAUUGUACACCGUAAUAAACAAAAUAAAUAUGAUUUUACAUCCGAAGCAAAACGAGGAACAGUUGUUCGAAGAUGAUGACGUUCAUGUGUGUAAAAAUGAAACACAUACAGUUUAUAAAAAUAAAAAUUCAGACGUCGAUAGUCCAAAAAAGACCGAUGACAUUAUGUCUAAAAGUGUAUUUGCCAGGACCAGUAAUGUAAGAUCGUCGACACAAAACUUCCCCCUAAUUAAAUUAACAAAGCAUCUGAAACUAAGACAAUGUGAAGAAUUGAGUUUUUCCGUUGAAUUGGACAAUUUGUUAAAUGGUUCUAAGCCCAAAGCUGGUCGCGACGAAACUUUCAACUUGAAUAAGAAUCUGCAAAGAGUACGAGAAAGAUCAGUUUUGUACAAUUUUUCGCCUAUUAAAAAUAGGUCGUCAUUGAGAAAAGCUGUCUUGAAUAGACAUUGCAAAUCUCAAGAGAAGAUUUUAGAAAGAAAACUUGAUGAUGCCCGUUCCAUAACAGAUAAAGACAUUGAUGUUACCGAAGAAAACUUUACCUUACAAUUGACUGAUGUCCUUAAUGAAAUGAAUGAUAUGACAAGUAUUGUAUCUAAUACGAAGGCUGGGUUUCCAUCAACUGAAUCGAGAACAAAUAAGGCGAACUGUUCCAACAAAAGCAAUCAGAAUACAAUAUCUAAAUAUGUCUGGAACAUAUCCACAAGCUCCAGAGCUUUUCAAUGUUGUGAUGAAACUGCAGUGUCUUGUUCAUCGAAUAUUUCACAACCAUCUAACGUCACGACAUUAGAACGCAUUAAUGAUUUGGAUUUUAUCGAUAUUAAGUUAAAUAAUCUUAAAACUGAGUUUGAAACAUCAGUAUAAAAUUAAAACCAAUACAAUGAAGUUACAUUACCGAUAGAAAUAGAGAAAAUACGCUCCAUUAUAUGUAUAUUUUGGAAUAUUGCAGUAUCUUUGCAUUUGCAUUGAGUGGUAAAUCUAGAGAACAUCUUAAAUCAAGAACCAGUAAAGUGAGACUAAAUACCUUAAUUACACAAUUCUUGAUACUAUAAUUUAUGAUUUAAUUUUGAAAAAAUGCUACUGUUUGGGAACAUUGUAAAUGGUUUUGUAUGUAGCAGACAACAAGGUGGUUUGACUAAAAUAAAACAUUAAAAUAUAAACGAUUUUGUAAUGGAAAGUUCCGUCCAUUAGUAGAUAAUUUU